AUGGAUUCACAAACUACAGUGAAAACAACCUUCAAAGAUGCAUCUUAUCUCAAACCCAAAGAUCCGACUCAGAAUCGGCUCACUGAUGACGACACAGAAAUCAGUAUUUUCGACGCACGGAGGUAUUUCAGAGACGACAACGACGGCGGUCUGAAAGACAUGCUCAGAAGACAGCAGCUGCAACAAGAACCCUUCCAUGAUUUUCAUUCUGUCUCAAGACUUUCAUCUGUUUCUUCUGUCGAAAGUUACGGCAGGAACUUUCGGAUAGGAUCUUUCCAGGCCACGCCCACAGCUUCAUCCGAGGCCAGCUGGAACAGCCAAACAGGCCUGUUGUCGAAUCCUUCAGAUUCCGUUUCAGUUUCACUCAGUAAUUUAUCGUCAGAUCGUAGCAGUAAACGGAGUGCUGAUCAUGGUAAGAAAUGGUUCUCCUUCGGAAGAAAAUGUUGCUGCACUGGUAAGAAAUCCGUCCAGGUUAAGGAAGUAACGUCAGACUCCGGACCCCGAUCAAGAUCAGUUCUUGUAAUCAAUCCUGAGAGAAUCAGUGUCGAUAAAGCAGCACAGCGCACAAGCGAGAGUACUUUCGAGAUUGAACAAGAUAAUUAUGUUGUCUCUCGGCAGAAUCAACGUCGUGGGUCAGCGUCAGGCAGGCCGUUCAUUGACAGCGCUAUCGGCUUUAGUUUUCCUGUCCUGAAAUCCCCCGACGUCUUCCAGGCCACCAACGCUGCACUGAUCAAAGGAAUCAUAGGAAAACCAAUGGUUAAUCCCGUCAAACAUCAGCUGCACGAGCUUCAGUCUGUCUCAAGAGUUUCAUCCAUGGAAAAUACUGUCAAUGCUCGAGGUUUUGUAUAUCCGGGAAGCCCGACAGCCCGAGACGACGAUGUGGGCAGCGAUGGCAGCUCAGACCUUUUCGAGAUCGAAAGCUUUUCGAGUACUCCGACGACACUGUAUAAUGCGGUGUGCAACACGAAAGAUGAAGAAGAUUCCACAUAUGAUGCAAGAAGAUUUGCUUCUUCAACCAAUGGGAUUAGUAAGAUUGAUCAAUACGUCAGGAGGAGGGUGGACGAGACGCAGACGCUGGACUGGAGCGUUGCCGCAGCGGAGGGCUACGACAAGGCCAACUUCUCCAACGUCUCCGCAGUGGAAAUCGGAGUGUUAAGGAGGCGGAUGGAGGAGGCAGGCGGAGAAGACGGUGGGAAGAGGAAUGGGGAUGAGCUUAUGUUAAUGAGCUGCCGGCAAGAGAAGGCGGCGAGCGUGGGGCCGCAUCCUGUGAAAUGCGUGGUGGCGGAAGGAGCAACAAAUUUUCCGUUGCCGGCCGGUGGCAGGCCGCCACGGGCGAAUAAGCCGCCGCUGGUAAGCUCUGACCCGGGACCGGCGGGGUUGCCGGUGGCUUUUGCGGCGUGA